AAAAGAUGCCAAUGACUUUUUCAGAUUCAAGAAGUACCAUCUUUGCAUCUGCAUUUGUGUCUCUUUAUAACAACCCGUGAUGAUGACAACUCGUUGGAGAAGAUUCUUUAAGUUGCUAAUUCUCUGCGUCUUUCUGGCCACGCCUCAAAUUUCCCAUGCUGGAGCAGAUUUAUCAGAUACUCGAACCAUGAAAAGAGAUCAGAAAUCAUACUGGUCAUUGUAUGACUGUCCUCAAUGUGUUGGCAAAAAGGCUAGACAGGAACAAGGUCAUGUGAAAUCUGCUUCAGGUAGCAGCCCUCCGGAUGAAAAGGAUAUUGACAUUAUUGUGACUUAUACCGACACUUCUGGAUCUGUUCGAAUUAGGACUGUGAAAUCUAGGGAUCUAUCAGCUUCCUGGAUCUGGAGAAGUCCGACAGAUGAAAACACUGACCAUCAGAAUAGUUCCCAGGCACUAGAAGAGUCAUUUCAAACUGAUGUGAGAUUUGGAGAUAAUGUUGAGCAUUCCACUGCCAGUCAUCUUUUGGGACGUGAAAUGCCACAGCCACAAACAUCUACCAUGAACCCAGUGAAGCUUAAGCGUCGGUUGUUACGGCAGCAGAGGAGGGAUCUUCGUACUGCGGAGCUAAUUCGACAAGAUAAAGAGAUUGAUAACCAGUUGCAAGCAGCUGCUAUUAAACGAGCUAGAGAGCUUGACACCACUGUCAAGGGUAGGUACAGUAUAUGGAGAAUAGAAUAUCAGAACCCUAACUCUGAUUCAACCUUGAAACUUAUGCGCGAUCAGAUCAUCAUGGCGAAAGCUUAUGCAAGUAUUGCGAAAGCUAAUAAUGAAACUGGUCUAUAUGACUCUCUUAUGCAAAGUUCCAGGGAAAGUCAACAUGCCAUUGGAGAUGCACGUUCUGAUGCUGAGCUUCAGCCGAGUGCUCUUGAUCGUGCAAAAGCAAUGGGCCACACCCUGUCAAUAGCCAAGGACCAACUAUAUGACUGUCUCAUAGUAGCAAGGAAGUUAAGGGCCAUGCUUCAAUCUACUGAAGCGAAUGUAAAUUUGCUGAGGAAGAAGAGUGCAUUCUUAAUCCAGCUAGCUGCAAAAAUAGUCCCUAAACCCUUGCAUUGUCUUCCUCUACAGCUUACAACAGACUAUUACCUUCAGGGUUUUCAAAACAGUGGCUUUCCCAACAAAGAUAAACUAGAAGAUACUUCUCUCUUCCAUUAUGCUAUUUUUUCUGAUAAUGUUCUUGCUACAUCUGUGGUUGUCAAUUCUACUUUGGUACAUGCAAAGGAACCCGAAAAGCAUGUAUUCCAUAUUGUAACGGAUAAACUGAAUUUUGCGGCCAUGAAAAUGUGGUUUCUAGUCAACCCUCCUGUGGGAGCAGCCAUCCAAGUUGAGAAUGUUGAUGAUUUCACAUGGCUAAAUUCCUCUUACUGUCCUGUGCUACGGCAACUGGAAUCUGCUCGAAUGAAAGAAUAUUACUUUAAGGCAAAUCAAGCAUCUUCCCUGUCUGUUGGAUCUGACAAUCUCAAAUAUAGGAAUCCAAAAUAUUUGUCCAUGCUGAAUCACCUUAGAUUUUACCUUCCUGAAGUUUACCCAAAGCUGGAUAAAAUCCUGUUUUUGGAUGAUGAUAUUGUAGUUCGGAAGGAUCUGACACCUCUUUGGUCUGUAAAUCUGAGAGGGAUGGUGAACGGUGCAGUUGAGACCUGUAAGGAGAGUUUUCACAGAUUUGACAAGUAUCUAAACUUUACCAAUCCAAAGAUCUCUGAGAAUUUUCAUCCAAAUUCUUGUGGCUGGGCGUUUGGAAUGAAUGUUUUUGACUUGAAGGAGUGGAGGAAGCAAGACAUUACAGGAAUAUAUCAUCAUUGGCAAGACCUGAAUGAGGAUAGAACUCUUUGGAAACUUGGGACAUUGCCUCCUGGACUGAUAACUUUCUAUAACCUGACUUAUCCACUAGAGCGGAGCUGGCAUGCGUUGGGUCUUGGCUACGAUCCUGCCCUUAAUCAAACAGCAAUAGAGAAUGCAGCUGUGGUGCAUUACAAUGGAAACUACAAGCCGUGGUUGGAUCUAGCUAUCACUAAGUACAAGUCAUACUGGUCUAGAUAUGUUAUGUUUGAUAAUUCUUAUCUUCAACUUUGCAACAUUAGUGGAUAAUAGUUUCAUGAUCAACUGUAAAGUUUACCUCUCUCUCUCUCUCUCUCAUGGAAUAUGUGAUUCCAUUUCUUUGCGCAGGAAAUAAAAAUGAAAAGAAAAAAAAAUUUUGAUACAA